CAUUUUGUAUGACGGUCACCAUCAUGGUUUCAAUAUAUCUGCUGUUGAUUUUCUGUGUAUUUUCCUAUGCGUACGAAAACAUUGCCCUCAACAAACCGGCAUGGCAACUUCAUCAAUAUGGAGAGGACGCCAAAUCCGAUGCGAGUAAUGCUGUAGAUGGACUCAAAUCUGACCUUCGCGCCUGGGGAGGACAGUGUAUCGUAUCGGCUAAUUAUCAACAGAUAACCACAUGGAGAGUGGACCUAGAGGACAUCCUCAGUAUACAUCACAUUACCAUUCAUUACAGGACGGACAAUGCUGCAUGGGGUGAAGAAAAUCACUAUACUAGAAGAUUUUUGGGGUUUUCGUUAUAUGUAUCAAACACAACCGACAGAACAGAGGGAGAAUUGUGUUUCCACGACACAAACUACACAAGAGACACCAUACCCGCCAUCCUCAACGUCACGUGUCCAGUUCACGGGCAAUACGUCAUUUACUACAACGAAAGACUACCUGGAGUUACCUACCCUGAUGGUUAUAGUGCCCAUGCAUUUAAUGAACUCUGUGAAGUAGAGGUUUAUGGAUGUCCCAGCUCUGGGUUUUACGGAGAAGGCUGUUCUCUCCCGUGUCCAGAUAUCAACUGUAGAUAUUGUAACAUAGAGACGGGGGCGUGUCAGGGGUGUAAACCUGGAUACAAAGGUCACCGAUGUGAACAAGAAUGUGAUGCCAAAAAGUAUGGUGAAGGUUGUCAGUAUGAAUGUGGGAAAUGUAAAGACAUGGAACAGUGUCAUCAUAAAAACGGGAUGUGUUUAAAGGGAUGUGAGCCAGGUUUCAAGGAAGGAAAAUGUGUAGAACAAUGUGACAGUCGCAAAUAUGGCGUGAAAUGCCAACAGAGUUGUGGAUACUGUUUAAAUUUCGAACAGUGUCAUCAUAUUAAUGGGACAUGUUUGAAUGGAUGUGAUCCGGGACACCAGGGAUUAACCUGUAACGAAACAUGUCGAGUUGGGUUUUAUGGAAUGAAUUGCCUAAAAAGAUGCAAUAAAAACUGUGGAAUUCCAGAACGAUGUAACAGAACAUCCGGGGAAUGUGAGGGAGGCUGCCAACCUAGAUGGAGAGGGCUUCUGUGUGAUACAAAGUGCAGUGAUGAUCUGUACGGACCAGAUUGUAAUCAAACAUGUGGUAAAUGUCGGGAGGGGAAACCGUGUCAUCAUUUUAACGGUUCCUGUAAUGAUGGAUGUGAGCCUGGAUACCGGGGAAACAAAUGUGAUAAGGAGUGUAUCGAUAAUCUGUAUGGGCCGGACUGUAAACAAGCAUGCGGGGAAUGUCGGGACGGCAAGCAGUGUCAUCACAUCAGCGGUUCAUGUAAUGAUGAAUGCGAACCUGGAUACCGGGGCAACAAAUGUGAUGAGGUAUGCGACUUUGGUCAUUUUGGUGUUAGUUGCCGAGAGGAAUGCAGCAUAUUCUGUCAGAAAUCACGUGAUUGUCAUCAUGUGACGGGCAAUUGUACAGGUGGCUGCAAAAGUGGAUGGCAUGGAAAGGACUGUUUAGAAGUGGAUAAUCAAGUACAGAAAAUAAUGUUUUACGGAGUCCUUGGUGCCUUCUGUGUUACGCUCGUUCUAGUUGCUGUGCUAGUGUGUGUUCUUUAUAACAUCUCGAAACGACACCAAGUGGAUAGAUAUUUCAUCAAGAAAUACCUAGCGAGUGACACCCCCAGUUCUAGGAGGACUCAAGACCAUGGCGAGGAGGAUCUCAACAGUGCAUAUCAAGAAUUGGAAGUACGGGGUUUCUCAUCAUCGCUCUAUGACUCCAUUUAUUAAACAACUGUUCCUUUGGAUUCCAUACAGAGCUAACACUGCUUAGAAUAGCAUUUAUCUAUAUCAGAAUAUUAAGAUGCGCAGUAAUAUCCACAGAACAUCAAUAUGAUUUUAAAAGAAAAUCCAUAAGAAUCAGACCCUAACUUUAUCCAAUGCUUCUCCCAUAAAGUGAUUUAGAGAACAAUGAUGGUAACACGAUUUUCAUGAUAAAUAACAUUGCACAAAAAUCACUGUUCCUCAAUAUUCUGAAGUAGUUGUAUAGCAACCAUCAGAAAUGCACAUCAGCCCUUACGCUUAAUGAAACAAACAUAUACAAGAUGUAUGGUUGAUGGCGCAGCAACUCCCAUGCUGAAUGCAGCACGUUUCCUUGCUUUAUGGUAUUUUUGUGCAGACCCUUUUUGUCACAAUUAGUGUUUUGUCAUGUGUACAUAUUGUAUUGACGGGCUCUUUUGUAUCAUGUUGUGUAGCCAACCUGUUUUACACUCUAACUUUGUAGUUAUUAGUCAAUUUUCUGAUGUAAGCCCAGUCAAUUAAUUGUGAUGUAAGAUUAUAUACUUUGCAGUUGUUGGUUCUAGUCAGCACUUAGUUUUAUCAAAUGACAAAUUGUAUUCUUUCUUAUUCCUUUCCGUUGUAAUGUACAGAACAAUAGUGGAAAUUGUUUUGUGUACAUUUUUGGGAACAAACGUUUAUUGGUGCAAUGUGUUGCUAUGUAUUCACAUUUUGUAAGUUUCGUAUGCUUUAAUGUAGCUUAAUUUGCAAUUAUCGCUAACUUCCCCUGUAAUGCCUCUUAAAACUGACCACUAUACGAUGUCAUUGACCAAUCAAAAUACUCGAUUCGCCAUGAUAUAUUGAAUUCAUUUUUGGACAUUUUAUUCGUAUGCCACGAACAUUUCCAACAGCAACCAUUUCUUUUCACUCUGUUUACUUUGCUUCACUACAUAUUUGUGGAUAUUUGUGUACAAGUAUUUUGUAUGCCUUUUCAUGCACCACCUGCAUCUAUUCAGUGACAUCAUGUAAUAAUAAUAAUAAUUAAUAAAUUAUUUUAUUUAGACAGGAUGGCACAAUUGUUACAAAUGACUAGUUUACAUUGUGGUCCUGUAUACAUAUAACACCACCUGUAUCUAGUCAGUGACGUCAUGUUUACAUAUAACACCACCUGUAUCUAGUCAGUGACAUCAUGUUUACAUAUAACACCACCUGUAUCUAGUCAGUGACGUCAUGUUUACAUAUAACACCACCUGUAUCUAGUCAGUGACAUCAUGUUUACAUAUAACACCACUUGUAUCUAGUCAGUGACAUCAUGUUUACAUGUACCACCGCCUGUAUCUAGUCAGUGACGUCAUGUUUACAUAUAACACCGCCUGUAUCUAGUCAGUGACAUCAUGUUUACAUGUAACACCGCCUGUAUCUAGUCAGUGACAUCAUGUUUACAUAUAACACCGCCUGUAUCUAGUCAGUGACGUCAUUUAUACAGCGAUUAACAACUUCCCCAAGUCUCGUAUUAUCUUGCGGUUACGUGUUUUUCCGGUAAAAUUUCACACACAUAUUUGAAUUACGUAUCCUAUCUUAAUAAUGAAAAAUAUAAAUUUUAAAUCUUCCAAAUCCUACGAGAAACACAUUCAAGAUACAACAUUUCUAGAAGAUAAAUCUCUUCAAAGUAAAAUGAGAAUGAAGUUUCUAAAGGCUUCACAAGACCCAAAGACUUGGCGAAAACACUGAUAUUUCAAGAAAUGUCUCCGAUUUGUCAUUUUUCUUGUGCAUAUUUGAUGGUCAUCUGAUCAUUGUGAAAAUUGUUACAUUUGAUUCCAAUUUCUUAUAAGAAUGAAAUAAACUUUAAUGAACAUAUAUCGAUCAAGCCAGUAAAUAAGAAUUUGCAAUAUAUAAGUGGGACUGUCACAUAUUGAAACAUACCGCUGUACGAGUUGUCUCUGUUAUAUCUCUAUCUGAUUUAGUGUUUCCAUGUGUAUAUAUUUUAUUGGCUGGGCUAUUGUUUGUCAUGUGACUAGUCAGCCUGUUUUAUAAUAUAUUUGAUCAAUUUGUAGUUACUAAUCCAGCUAUCCAAUUAACUGUUAUGUAAGAUUUCGUAAAUUACAUUUUUUUGUUUCUAGUCAUUAGUUCUAAUAAAUAACAAAUUAACA